AUGUCAGAGUUGGAUUUCCCUGAUAUUGAUAGUAACAUCUUCGAUGAGGACAGUGGUAAAGAGGACGGAGAGGUGAAUAAACAGGCCAGCUUCAAGAGAUUUGAGAUCCACGAAGGGAUUAUGUUCUGUAUUGAACUUUCGGAACAUAUGUUCGAGGUACAAGAUGAGCUUGAUGGAAAGAGUCAGAUCGAAGUCAUAUUGACAUCCUUAAGUGAGCUUAUGGAGUUACUUAUUGUCACAAGGCCAAGCACUGCCAUUGGGUGCUAUUUUUAUAAUUGUGAAAGAGAAGAUAGCAAAGAAUCCAUUUUUGAGUUUAUUCCACUAGUCGAUCUCAAUGUGCAAUGGAUGAAGAAGGUCAAUGAUCUUUUAGAAGACGUUUCCAAUCAACGUAUAACAUUCAAAGAAUAUCUCAACUACAAUAUUGAUCAGAAUAAGAAACUAAACAUUCCAAUUCUACUAGAGAAACUGUUCUCACUGAUAUUGGAAACAUUUAAUAGGAACAUAGAAGGACAGAAAGAGUUUAAUUCCAAAAAGGUUUUCUUAUUUACAGAUAACGAUUUACCUAAUGUAGAAUCCCAGCAACGCAGCAUAGAUGUACUAAAGGGAAUUCUGAAAGAUAUUGAUGAUAACAUGAUAAACUUUACAAACUUUUUCAUUAGCAAGAAGGACAAACCUUUUAAUCCAGCAUUUUAUUCCAAGGUUCUAAGAAAUGACAGAGAUUACAAUUCACUGGGCUCACAAGCAUAUUUCGGACCAAGCACAAAACCGAUAGGUGUGAAUGAUAUCAAAGAAAGAAUUUUUCAAAGGAAAGAGAUAAGAAGGGUUGUCUUUCAAUGUCCAUUAGUGUUAGACGAAGGAACAAACUUUGUUAUAUCUAUAAAAGGUUAUUCAAUUUUCAACCAUGAAAAAGGAUCAGUCAGAUACAAACUAGUAUAUGAAAACCAGGAAAUAAGGAAAGAAGCAUUUUCAAAAAGAAAAUUUAUAAAUCCAAAAACCGGCGAAGACGUUUCCAAGCAAACUGUAAAAAUUAUUCCAUAUGGAGAAAAAGAAAUCGAAAUGGAGGACAAAAACAUUGCAAACGCUCUAAAUGUUUAUGGUAAUACCUCAGCCAGUUUAACCGUAAUCGGCUUUCUCAAUGAGGACAAUAGUCUUGUAUUUUACAAUAAUAUUGAUAAAACUUUGUUUAUUACACCAGAUGAAAACGUUAUUGAAGGUUCUUUUACUGCAUUUGCGUCUCUAUUUAGAACACUAAAGAAACUGAAAAAAGUUGGGGUAGUAUGGGGCAGUACAAAAAGUAAUUCUAGUCCUUCCUUAUAUCUUUUAUGGCCAUCUAAAGAUGAUGAUAAUAAUCAAGGGUUUUAUCUAACAAAAGUUCCUUUUAUUGAUGAGAUUAGGAAAUACCCAACAUUAUCAAAUAUCAAUAUAAAUGAAGAAUGGGAGGAAUACAAGAACGUCAAAGAACUAACACAAGGUAUAAUAAGUCACUUCAACCUUAAAUCAGGAUAUCAUGCAGAAGAGUUUAGAAAUCCUGCGUUAAAUAGGCACUAUAAACUCUUGCAUGACUACUUAUUACAAGUAGAAAUUCCACAGGACGAUAACGACAUCAGAGAUAGAUAUUUGAGAGAAGACGAUACCUUACUUAAAAUAACCAAAAUAAGAGAACGUAUCAUGAAAGACACUACGAUAGAUGAUGUCGAAAAGAGAAGGCUUUCGAAAUAUUUGGAAGUUUGGAACAUAUACUAUCGCAAAUUCAAAGAGGAUACUAACCAGACCUCUUCAAGUCUGCUGAAGUCUGAAAAAAAGCCUAAACUAAACUUAUGA